UCCUCGUCUUCCUCCUCGUCUUCCUCCUCGUCUUCCUCCUCGUCUUCCUCCUCGUCUUCCUCCUCGUCUUCCUCCUCGUCUUCCUCCUCGUCUUCCUCCUCGUCUUCCUCCUCGUCUUCCUCCUCGUCUUCCUCCUCGUCUUCCUCCUCGUCUUCCUCCUCGUCUUCCUCCUCGUCUUCCUCCUCGUCUUCCUCCUCGUCUUCCUCCUCGUCUUCCUCCUCGUCUUCCUCCUCGUCUUCCUCCUCGUCUUCCUCCUCGUCUUCCUCCUCGUCUUCCUCCUCGUCUUCCUCCUCGUCUUCCUCCUCGUCUUCCUCCUCGUCUUCCUCCUCGUCUUCCUCCUCGUCUUCCUCCUCGUCUUCCUCCUCGUCUUCCUCCUCGUCUUCCUCCUCGUCUUCCUCCUCGUCUUCCUCCUCGUCUUCCUCCUCGUCUUCCUCCUCGUCUUCCUCCUCGUCUUCCUCCUCGUCUUCCUCCUCGUCUUCCUCCUCGUCUUCCUCCUCGUCUUCCUCCUCGUCUUCCUCCUCGUCUUCCUCCUCGUCUUCCUCCUCGUCUUCCUCCUCGUCUUCCUCCUCGUCUUCCUCCUCGUCUUCCUCCUCGUCUUCCUCCUCGUCUUCCUCCUCGUCUUCCUCCUCGUCUUCCUCCUCGUCUUCCUCCUCGUCUUCCUCCUCGUCUUCCUCCUCGUCUUCCUCCUCGUCUUCCUCCUCGUCUUCCUCCUCGUCUUCCUCCUCGUCUUCCUCCUCGUCUUCCUCCUCGUCUUCCUCCUCGUCUUCCUCCUCGUCUUCCUCCUCGUCUUCCUCCUCGUCUUCCUCCUCGUCUUCCUCCUCGUCUUCCUCCUCGUCUUCCUCCUCGUCUUCCUCCUCGUCUUCCUCCUCGUCUUCCUCCUCGUCUUCCUCCUCGUCUUCCUCCUCGUCUUCCUCCUCGUCUUCCUCCUCGUCUUCCUCCUCGUCUUCCUCCUCGUCUUCCUCCUCGUCU